CAGAAGAAACUCAGGAGCACCACCAAGUCAUCAUCACCAACCCUCAUCGCCCUUCUUCUAUCUCUGCUUUGCCUUUAGCUCAGAGUCUCAGUCUCGUCUCUAUCGCCUCUUUUCCACUCACUACACGCCAAACCCAAUAGCUUCUCUCUCACUCUCUCUCUCCCUGUUUUCCGGCUAUGGCUACCUCUCUCACUGCCCAAAUCUCCGGUGGUACCCAGCCCUCUGCCCCUUCUUUCUCCGGCCUCCGCCGCAUUUGUCCUAAGCUCGACGCCGCCGUCUCCUUCUCCCACCAGUCCUUCCUCAACCGCGUCAAUUCCUCUAUCCGCCUCGUUUCCUCCUCCUCGCACCGGUCUCCCAGAGGCGUUGUCGCCAUGGCCGGAUCCGGAAAGUUUUUCGUUGGAGGAAACUGGAAGUGUAACGGGACUAAGGACUCCAUCGCCAAGCUUGUCUCUGACCUCAACAGUGCAACCUUGGAAGCAGAUGUAGAUGUUGUUGUCUCACCUCCAUUUGUCUACAUCGACCAAGUCAAGUCUUCGUUGACAGACCGUAUAGAGAUAUCGGGUCAGAACUCUUGGGUUGGAAAAGGUGGAGCCUUUACUGGUGAAAUCAGCGUGGAACAGCUCAAAGACCUCGGCUGCAAGUGGGUCAUUCUUGGGCAUUCUGAAAGGAGACAUGUCAUCGGAGAAAAGGAUGAGUUUAUUGGGAAGAAAGCUGCUUACGCAUUGAGUGAGGGUCUUGGAGUAAUAGCUUGUAUCGGGGAAAAGCUAGAAGAGAGGGAAGCAGGCAAGACAUUUGAUGUUUGCUUCGAGCAAAUGAAGGCCUUUGCUGAUGCUGUGCCUAGCUGGGACAACGUAGUGGUUGCAUACGAGCCUGUAUGGGCAAUUGGAACUGGUAAAGUUGCAUCGCCUCAGCAAGCACAGGAAGUCCAUGUAGCUGUCCGCGAUUGGCUCAAGAAAAAUGUCUCUGAGGAAGUUGCUUCCAAAACAAGAAUCAUAUACGGAGGUUCCGUCAAUGGAGGGAACUGUGCAGAGCUUGCCAAACAAGAGGACAUUGAUGGAUUUCUUGUCGGUGGUGCCUCCUUGAAAGGCCCGGAGUUUGCGACCAUUGUGAACUCAGUCACGUCAAAGAAAGUUGCUGCUUAAUUGACAAGUAGCAGCGACGGAAAUCGCAUGUCUCCAUGGAACAGAUGAGAGGAGAAAUAAAGGGAGGUUUGCGACCUUGUUGUUGUUGUUGUGUUCUUAGUAGUUCUUGGACUAAUAAUGGCAAACAAAAUUUGAUUCAUGAGUUCUGGUUUGAAUACCGCUUGGCUCUGCAACACAGAGAGAGAGAGGGAAAAAGGUCUUUAAUUAAGAUCUUUGUUACUUAUAAAGUUAUGUUAUACUAUAUACUUGGAGUAAAGCUGAAUUUAUACUAUAUACUUGGAGUAAAGCU